AUGGAUCCUAUAGCUAUGCAAGCUGGAAGAGGCCAAGGAUUUAAAGAAAAGAAACAAUUUCUUCAAUGUGAACAUUGUGGGAUGAAUGGUCACACAAAAGAGAACUACUAUAAAAUCAUCGGUUAUCCCAUGGACUUCAAGCCUAAGAAGAAAUUUCGAGCAGGAAACUUGGAUGGCUGGAGAAGAGAACCUCUUGAAGCAGUCAACAAUGUGGAAGGAUCUCCCUCAUUGCAACGAGCUAGAACUAGUCAGGGAACAUCUGAAUACAAAGGUAUUGUUACUUGCUUGAUGUAUGAGCACACACCAAAUGAAUGGAUCAUAGAUUCAUGUGCUACUCAUCAUAUUGCUGCUAGCUUAAAAAUGUUACAAGGUUAUGAUGAUGUAGGCACAUCUAGGAAUGAUAAAGUGUAUCUACCAACAGGGGAAGUAGCUGAUAUCACUCACGUUGGUGAUGUGAACUUGUUUGACAAAGAUGUUGUUCAGAAUGAUCUUUACAGUGGCAGGGUAAAGGGGAUUGGUAGAGAGAGAGGAGGCUUAUACAUUCUUAAGGAGAACUCAAAUGCUGACAGAAUUGCUAGAAUAAGAGCUGCUGCAAUAAGCAAUUAUAGUGAAGAAGACAAUAUGUGGCACAUGAGGGAUGUGGUGUUCAAAGAGACAAUCUUUCCUUUCAAACACAAGGAUUCUGCAAAGAUGGUAUCUCCAAGUGAUCUACCAGGGCAUCUAUAUGCUGAUGAGCCCCUGAUACUUAUGGAGGGCCAAUUAACCUUAAGCCCAUUUGACUCUGUAACUUCAAAGUUCUGUAGUCAAACUUGCCGUAACUGGUACUCACAACAUCCAUUUACUGAAGUUGAGCAUGAACAAGGUGAUGUAAAUGAGGAAUUGAGGCAUGAGCAGGGUGCUGGAGAUGAGGAAUUGGAGCAGAAUCAGGAUCAAGUUCCUACAGCAGAUACUUGCAUUCUUGUUAUUGAUGAAAGAAGAAAAAUAACUAGAGAAUUCAAACAACUUAUUUGGAUGAAUGAUUAUAUUACACAUCCUCCAAAAGCACACAGCCUAUACCCCAUAUCGGACUAUCUAUCAUAUGCAAACACCUCAGUGAAAUAUCAGUGUUAUCUUGCUAAGUUUUCAUCACUUGUUGAACCACAAACCUUCAAGAAAGCUGUUAAAGAUACUAGAUGGAUUGAAGCGAUAAAGCAGGAAAUCAAGGCACUAGAAGAAAAUAACACAUGGGAAGUAGUUGAUCUACCUACUGAAAAGACUACUAAAUGA